GACACCAAUUAAACUAGCACAUUAGAACUGCCAUCAGACAGUAGUUUUAAAACCUUCUCUCUCUGUCUUCUAGUCAUCCAUCUUGUCACUGGUCAACAGAAUCACCAACGUCAUUGACAACGUCAUCGUUUCAGCUGGGGCUGAUGAAGUGGUACGUACUACAGUGUCAGAUUUGAUCUCAACAGAGAAAUAGUUUGGUGAGUCCUCAAAUGCAGGGAUGAGGGAAUUUCAAACAAGUUAGUUGAGUUGAAUGUAACAUUGUUUUCAUAAUUUUCUAACUCUAGGAAAUUGAGGAAAUGAGACAGGUGGGUGGGCUCCUACAAGAAAGGCACAAUGACAACAGGACACAAUGUUGCAGACCUUGCUGUCAUUCUGAAGAUAUUGCCUUCUGGAAAGUUUUUACCUAAAUGCAUUUCUAAUGCCCCUAUUACUUGAUAAUCACUACUCUGAGGAAAUGGGGUAGUGGAUGGAACACGGUCAAAACUGACCGCUAAUAUGACUGUUUCUCCCAGUGGAGACAGUGAUCGCGCUGGGCACCAAGGUGGUGGAGACCCUACGCACACAGGACCCUUCGGAAGUACUCUCCAUGCUGCCCAAUGAGAUGGGCUUUGAGAUCAGUUCGGCCGACGCCACCGUGAAGAUCCUCAUUGCCACCGUGCCCCACAACAUGCUCAAGCUGGAGCCUGAUGUGCACAGUACAUAUAGUUUAGCGAGGAUUAACAGUCACACUCUUACAAUGGAUGGGGGAUGAAGGGUGGAUGGAGGCAUCCAGAGAUAUGGGAAUGGUUUAGCUGUUAACCUUUCACCUCUACUGUCUGUACCCUCUGAUCAAAGAAGCCAGUCGCUGAAGUAUUGCUAUUAUAGCUGACGUGAGGGACUAAAACAUCAAUGUCAGGCAGGUUUAGCCAGAUAUAUUGAGUGAUUUCUGUCUGCCUCCCUUCUCCACAGUCGAUAUGAAGCUCCUGCAGAACUUUCUGGCUGCCGUUCGCCAAGCUCGCUGGUUUGAAGAAAAUGCCUCCCACUCCACGGUGAAGGUCCUGGUCAGUUUGCUGAAGGACCUGAGGACCCGCUUCCCAGGGUUUGAACCCCUUACCCCCUGGAUGUUGGACUUACUGGGUCACUCUGCAGUCAUGAACAACCCCAGCAGACAGCCACUAGCCCUCAAUGUGAUCUUCAGGCGGAGCCUGCAGAUGCUGCCAACAGGGCUUUUCUUGCCUGGUUCAGCUGGGAUCGCAGACCCCUGUGAGAAUGGACACUACUGUGUAUUCACUGUCAUGAACCUGGAGCAACAGGACAUGGUGUGCCUCACUGCUCAGACCCUGGUGAGGUUGCUGUCUCAUGGCGGCUAUGUAACGGUCGUCUUUCGGACAGUUAGUAUACCAAGGCGCAGCGGGUGAUGAAUACAUAAUACUUUAUUGUAAGACGAAGACAGACACGAAAUACACUUGACUAAAUAUACAAAAUAACAAAACAAACUAGACAGACCUAAACUACGAACUUACAUGAAACGAAGAACACAUGAACAGGAACGACCGAAAGAACGAGACGAGACAGUACCGUGUGGUGCAACGAACACAGACACAGCGACAAUCACCCACAAACAAACAGUGAGAACAACCUACCUUAAUAUGACUCUCAAUUAGAGGAAAACGCAAAACACCUGCCUCUAAUUAAGAGCCAUACCAGGCAACCCAAAACCAACAUAGAAACAGAAAACAUAGACUGCCCACCCAAAACUCACGCCCUGACCAUCACACACAUACAAAACAACAGAAAACAGGUCAGGAACGUGACAGAACCCCCCCCUCAAGGUGCGAACGCCGGGCGCACCAGCACAAAG